AUGAGUAGAAUAUUACGCAGGCAUUCAUUGCUCCGAUUAUUUAGUCGAAGGAAGCAAGUGAAUUCCGCCUGUCUUCCGGCGGAUUGCCUAUACGACAUCUUUAACCUUCUCAAGGAUGAUAUCAAGUCACUCCAUUCUUGCAUCUUGGUCAAUAGACUUUGGUGUGAGAUUGCCAUUCCAUACUUAUGGGCACACCCUUUCACGCAAUCAACUCCACCGCCAGCCUCGCUCGUGAACACAUUUAUCGCGAGUCUCUCCGAUGCUGACAGACAAGAGCUCAUCGAAAGGGGGAUCCGAAUACCUGCUCA